AUGGCUGGCGCCCAUCUCGAGCCCGACAGUCAAUCCGCCCAAUCUCACCGUUUGCCUCACGAUGCUCUCCCCCUUCUCUCCACAUGCUCUCGUCGGCGCGGACUUCUGUCUCUUCUCCUCGUCGCCUUCAUCACGAGCACACUCUUUUUCAUAAAGGAGCUGUCUAUGUUUCCAGAGCCUGGCUCCGUGUCCGCCACCCCACCAUUUCAGCCUGGGACCGUCACAAACUCCCAUCCUCUCAACUCCACCGUCGAUCCUGUCGUAUUUUCCUUCAUUAUGUGGUCAGAGGAUGCAGCUGCUGAGGGAGCACUCUUGGUCAAGUCGAUCCUUCUUUAUGGUACUCGACCCACAGAUAUUCAUAUAAUUUGCGAUCAUACAGCAGAGCAAUUUCUACGAAAGCGGGUGGCACUGGUACAGCGACCGUCGCACCAUGUGCGAAUCUGGUUUUAUAAACCGUCCUGGCAAAGCAUGCUUGAUCGUGUCGAACGGGAAGGUUCAAUAAAGACAGAUCAUUCCGCUGGUCUACCCGGCCUUAUGAAACUUUUCAUUCAUGAAAUCCUGCCGCCGACAGUCAAAAGGUCCAUCUUCGUUGAUACGGACGCAUUGUUCAUCGCCGAUCCCGCCCUGCUUUGGGAUGUAUUCGACACUUUGCGCCCCGCAACAGCAAUUGUCAUGGCCAGUCAUCCAGACCAAGACUCACCAGAGUGGCAUCAUGCUUCCAGAAUAUGCUCCUGCGUCAUGCUGCUGGACUUGGAGAAGCUUCGGUCUUUACGGUUGAUGGAUUCGCGCAUUUAUCAUGAACUUGACGACUUCCCUGCUCUGUCUCCAGAAGCUUUUCGAGCGAAAUAUGGACUUCCAGGUGGACAUGGACAUGGACGCUAUGAUAACGUACGGCUGGGAGAUCAAGGAUAUUGGUGGGCUAUUGUGGACCACCGACCCGACAUCUUCGAGCCUCUCAGUUAUGAUUAUGAAAUAACGAGUUGCCUUCUGGAUACAUACCUCACUGGUCUCGGAAACGAACUCAUCUCUGAGGAAGAAGAGCUACGGUUUCAGAUCCACACAAAGGGCACCCCACAAGAGGGCAAGGUGAUUCUACCGAAACUUCUUCACUUUAAUUGCUUGCAUGGAACGCCAAUCUACAUGGAGUGGUCUGGCUGGUCUGAUCCUUCCAACAGCCUCACUGCACGUUGGGGAGCAGCAGUCUCUUACCAUGUCGGCUUCAAGUGGAUCUGGUUGAACAAGGGACGACCAAGUGAUCCCGACAAGACUAUUGAACUCUUCACAGUCUCGGAAGUUGUAUUUGCAGAUGAAUUGGCAUCAGGAACCCCUGCCCGUAGAUGA